AUGACCAACAGCUCUUCCACGUCCACCACCACCUCCAGUGCUGGGGGGUCGCUGCUACUGCUGUGCGAAGAGGAGGGCUCCUGGGCAGGCCGCCGGAUCCCCGUGUCCCUCCUCUACUCGGGCCUGGCCAUCGGGGGGACUCUAGCCAACGGCAUGGUCAUCUACCUGGUGUCGUCCUUCCGAAAGCUCCAGACCACCAGCAAUGCUUUCAUAGUGAACGGCUGCGCCGCUGACCUGAGCGUGUGCGCCCUUUGGAUGCCUCAAGAGGCCGUUCUAGGGUUACUACCCAAUGCCUCACCAGAACCUCCAGGGGGGUGGGACGGCGCAGGGGGCAGCUACCGCCUGCUGCGGGGAGGGCUGCUGGGUCUUGGCCUCACCGUGUCCCUCUUGUCCCACUGCUUGGUAGCCCUGAACCGCUACCUGCUCAUCACAAGGGCACCAGCCACCUACCAGGUGCUGUACCAGCGGCGCCACACAGCAGGAAUGCUAGCACUGUCCUGGGCACUGGCUCUGGGGCUCGUGCUGCUGUUGCCACCCUGGGCAGCACCGCCCGGCAGAGUGCCCCCCGAAGUGCACUACCCCGCGCUCCUGGCCGCCCUGGCUUUGCUAGUACAGACAGCGCUGCUGCUGCACUGCUACCUGGGCAUCGUGCGCCGGGUGCGGGUCAGCGUCAAGCGGGUCAGCGUGCUCAAUUUCCACCUGCUGCACCAGUUGCCCGGCUGUGCCGCUGCCGCCGCCGCCUUCCCAAGCGCUCCUGGUCCCCCUCACCCGCACCCCGUUCCCCAAGCGGCCGCAGCAGCGGCUCAGCCUCUGCCGCCUACUCUGCAUCCUCGCCGGGCUCAGAGGCGCCUCAAUGGGCUGUCAGUGCUCCUUCUCUGCUGCGUUUUCCUGCUGGCCACACAGCCCCUCGUCUGGGUGAGCCUAGCCAGCGGCUUCUCGCUGCCAGUCCCCUGGGGGCUGCAGGCGGCCAGCUGGCUCUUGUGCUGCUCUCUGUCCGCCCUCAACCCCCUGCUCUAUACCUGGAAGAACGAGGAGUUCCGCCGCUCAGUGCGUUCUGUCUUGCCAGGCAUCGGGGACGCGGCGGCUGCUGCCGCCGCAGCCACUGCUGUACCAGCCGUGUCCCAAGCACAGCUGGGCACCCGGGCUGCUGGCCAGCACUGGUGA